UCACCCAUGUCGUAUCUACUGGGCAGAAUACUGGCAGGUGUUGCUUGCGUAGCGUUGUUCCAUUCCGCGUUCUCCACCUAUGAAUAUUUGUCCAUCUUGAAGACUUUAUCAAACGAUAAUGUAUCGCUUCCCCGAUCUCUCGUUGUGGAGGUCAUCGGAGCUCUGGGAUUAUUCUUGGUAGGUACAGCAUUGGGUACGGCAGAGUUGAAAGAUGUGACGUUUCGCGGCGAGCUGGCAAGGCGAGAUACGGAAGAUUAUGAUCCUCAAAUGGCUUUUACAAUUCUAUCGCCUCGUGCUAAACCCCUAUUUCAAAACUCUCCUCACCCUUUCAUUGAAACUAGAUGA